CGUCUGCGUUUGGAGAGGGAAGGGGGGACCUUGCGGAGGCGGCCCUAGCGGCGUGGUCUGGGGGGGCCCCGGCUUGGUUGGCCCCGCGAACGGAAGCGGAGGGUCUCCCCUCCCUGGGCGGAUCCUCCCCCGGCGGCUCCGCGGCGGGAGAGGCGGCGAAAAGGGGGCGUUUUGUGCGGGGCGCAUCCCCGCCGCGGGCUCUUCCUUGGGCCAUGGCGCGGCGGCGGUGGCUGCUCCUUUGGCCGCCGCAGAGCCGGAGGAGGACGAAGGCGAGGCGGAGGCGGAGGAGGGGCUGCUGCUGCUGAAGCUGAAGCUGCUGCCGAGGCUUGCGAGGCCUGGGAAGAAGCCCCCCUUCUGAGCCCCCUCGCCAUCCCCUCGCCAUCCCCGUGCGCCCUGGACGCGCGCCUGCUGCCUGCCUGCCUCUCUCCAUUGCGCACCGCUGCAGCCAGCGCCUCCCUCUUCCUCCUCUUCUCUCUCCUUCUUCUUCUCUCCUUCUUUCCUCCUCCCCGACCCUCGGGGAGGAGGAAGGCGGGACCCCCUGCUGCGUCUCCCCCCACCGGAGCCCCCUCUUCCUCCCUCCCUUCCUCCUCUUUUCCUCCUCCUUUCCUUCCUUCCUCCCUUCCUCCUCUCCGCGCGCCAUGGGCAAAGACCAGGAGCUGAUGCAGGCGGUCAAGGCGGAGGACGUGGGCGCCGUCCAGAAGCUGCUGCAGAGGCCCAAGCCGGGCAAAGCCAAGCUCCUGGGAUCAACCAAGAGAGUGAACGUCAAUUUCCAAGACACAGAUGGGUUCUCCGCCCUGCACCACGCCGCCCUCAAUGGCAACACGGAGCUCCUCUCGCUUCUAUUGGAGGCCCAGGCGGCCGUGGACAUCAAGGACAAUAAAGGGAUGCGCCCCUUGCACUACGCGGCCUGGCAGGGCAAGAAGGAGCCCAUGAAGAUGGUGCUGAAGGCCGGCUCCUCGGUGAACAUCCCCUCCGACGAGGGGCAGAUCCCGUUGCACUUGGCGGCACAGCACGGCCACUACGAUGUGUCGGAGAUGCUCCUGCAGCAUCAGUCCAAUCCGUGCAUUUUGGACAACUCUGGAAAGACGCCGCUGGACUUGGCCUGCGAAUUUGGCCGCGUUGGGGUGGUGCAGCUGCUCCUCAACAGCAACAUGUGCGCGGCGCUCCUCGAACCCAAACCCGGGGACAUCACCGACCCCAACGGCACCAGCCCCUUGCAUUUGGCGGCCAAGAACGGGCACAUCGACAUCAUCCGCCUCCUCCUCCAAGCCGGGAUUGACAUCAACCGACAAACCAAGGCCGGCACCGCUUUGCACGAAGCGGCCCUUUGCGGCAAGACGGAGGUGGUGCGGCUCCUCCUGGACAGCGGGAUCAAUGCUCACAUCCGGAACACGUACAGCCAGACGGCGCUGGAUAUCGUCAACCAGUUCACGGCCACCCAGGCCAGCAAGGAGAUCAAGCAGAUGCUGCGAGAUGCCUCUGCUGCUCUGCAGGUCCGGGCCGUCAAGGAUUACUGCAACAACUACGACUUGACCAGCCUCAACGUGAAAGCCGGGGACAUCAUUACGGUGUUGGAGCAGCAUGCCGACGGCCGGUGGAAAGGCUGUAUCCAUGACAACCGGACCGGGAAUGACCGCGUGGGCUACUUCCCCUCCAGCCUGGUCGAAGCCAUCAGCAAGCGCACCGGCUCCCGAGGGUCCGAUGCCAGCCCUUCCCACCUGUCGCCGGGGGGACCCGCCUCCACGCCGGCGCCCACCGAGGAGAUCUGGGUGCUCCGCAAGCCCUAUGCAGGUGGUGACCGCAGCAGCGUGGGCAGCACCGGAAGCGUGGCCAGUGGCCGGAGCACCGGAAGUGGCCAAAGCACCGGGAGCGGUGGCCACGCGGCUCUCCAUCCGGGUGCCGAAGGAGUCAAGCUUUUGGCGACAGUCCUUUCCCAGAAGGCGUCUGUGCAAGAAUCCUCCCUGGGUGACGGCCCUUCCAAAGCGGCAUCGGCGGCGUCGGAGAGUCCCGCAGGUUCUUCCCGGACCCCAAGCCUUGGCGGCUCCUCUUUCCAGAGCCAGCCUUAUGGCGAACAGCAGCCGAAGAAGGUGGAGCCCAUGUCGGAGGGGAAGAGCUCAGAAGCCGUCUACCAGUGGCUUUGCAAGUUCCAGCUGCAGCUUUACGCCCCUCACUUCAUCAACGCCGGGUACGACAUCCCCACCAUCAGCCGGAUGACCCCCGAGGACCUGACGGCCAUCGGGGUCACCAAACCCGGGCACCGGAAGAAGAUUGCCUCCGAGAUCAACAGCCUCAAUAUUUCCGAAUGGCUCCCGGAGUACAAACCGGCCAACCUGGCGCUCUGGCUCUCCAUGAUCGGACUGGCCCAAUAUUACAAGGUCCUGGUGGAAAACGGCUACGAGAACAUCGACUUCAUCACCGACAUCACCUGGGAGGACCUGCAGGAGAUUGGCAUCACCAAGCUGGGUCAUCAGAAGAAGCUGAUGCUGGCGGUGAAGAAGCUGGCCGAGAUCCAGAAGGCCGAGUUCGCCAAGUACGAGUCGGGCACCUUGAAGAAGAAAGGGCCUCCCCAGGACACGGUGGCCAUCGAGUCGCCCCAGCAGGAGUCGGCCGAGUGCCAGUCGCCCAAGAUGACCACCUUCCAGGACAGCGAGCUGAGCAACGAGCUGCAGGUGGCCAUGACCGGCGAGGAGGGGCCCGAGAAGCAAGGCAACCACGUGGGGCACUUCCGCGAAGGGACGGCCUACCGCCACGGCCCCCGCUUGAGCCACGAGAACAGCCUGAGCGGGAGGGCGAAGCAGAUGAGCAGCUCCCAAGAGCUCCUGGGGGACGGGCCCAAACCCUCCAGCGGUGCCAUGUCCAAGAGCCAGGAGUACUUGGUGGAGGACGGGAAAGAGAGCUCGGCUACUUUGCCCAAGGAGGUCCGGACGCUGCGCCACGGCCACAGCGUCAAGAGGGCCAGCGUGCCGCCGGUACCCGGCAAGCCCCGGCAAUCCUUCCCUCCCUCUGCCGGCCGAUACACUCCGCCGCAGACGCCCACCAAGCCCCGGCCCUCCUCGCCGCAGACCCUGGGGAUGCCGCACGCCAAGGUGAAGCCCACCCCACAGUUGUUGCCACAGUCCGACCGCCCCAUGUCUCCCCGCUCACUGCCGCAGUCUCCCACGCACCGGGGCUUUGCCUACGUCAUGCCGCAGCCCGUGGAGGGGGAUGGCCACGCCACGGGGCCCUUGGCACAAGCGGUGCCCGUCCUGCCCGUCUCGGUGCCUGUGCUGUGCUUGCCGCCACAGGCCGCGGACAGUGAAGAGGAAGCAGGCCGGCCGAAAAAAAGGGCGCACAGCCUUAACCGUUACACUGUGUCGGACAGUGAGCAGGAGCGGGACGAACUACUGGUGCCCGACGCUGGGCCGUACGCCACUGUGCAGCGAAGGGUUGGGCGCAGCCAUUCGGUGCGUGCCCAGUCCGGUGGUGAUAAGAACGUCAACCGCAGCCAGUCCUUCGCUGUUCGGCCAAAGAAGAAGGGGCCUCCACCCCCGCCACCCAAGCGGUCCAGUUCGGCCAUCUCUAGCACCAACAUGUCUGAUGAUUUCACAAAGGAAGGGGAGGAGGGUCUGGAGCCUCCUGAGGAACAGCAGCAGCAGAGGCGGGCCAGCGAUUCCGGCAGUGUCGUGGACACGGGGAGCGCCGGGAGUGUUAAGAGCAUUGCCGCCAUGUUGGAAAUGUCCUCCAUCGGUGGCGGAGGCAGAGGCCUGGUCCUGCAAAAGCCACCCGGGGCCGGGAAAGGCCCCGACAGUUACUACCUGCAGCCCGGUGCAGCCUUGCACCCGGUCAGUCCGGAUCACGCACGUGUUGCAACGGUCAUGGCCUCCGUUAAGCACAAGGAUGCCAUUGGGCCAGAUGGAGAGGUGGUCAAUCGCCGCCGCACUAUCAGUGGCCCCGUCACGGGGUUAGUGGCCGCCGCUCGGCGGGAGCGCUCCGACAGCAUAAAGUCCGAGACGUCCAAAGAGAGCAGCCCGAGGGCCGAACACGGAGGAGGGCCCCCGCAAAACGCUUCCGGGGAGAACAUCCCCUUUGCGGAGGAGGGCAGCCUGACCAUCAGGCAGCGGCCGAGGCAGAUGGGGGUGGCCAGGGGCGAAGCCGCCGAGGCCUUGUCCCUCACCCACCGGCACGGCGACCUCUCCAAGGUGGAGGCCAGUGCCACGCUGAAGAGGAGGAUUCGGGCGAAGCAGAGCCAGCAGGAGGGCGUCAAGUUCCUCCUCACCGAGUCCGACACAGUCAAGAGGAGGCCAAAGUUGAAAGACAAGGAGCAGGAGCCGGCCCCGCUCUCGGUCUACCAGAACGGCACAGCCACCAUCAAACGCCGGCCAGCUUCAGAGACUAGCAGCAUGGAGGCCAUGUCCCCUGCAGAGCAUCAGGAGAGAUACGACUACGCCGCAGCGCAGCCGCCUCCGGAAGGGGAGCCCAAGAAGGUCGUCAAGCCACCGGUGUCUCCCAAGCCUGUCCUACCCCAGAAGGUCUCGGGGCCACCCACGCCGACCUCCAAAAAGGCCCCGAUUCCAGGCCCAGGGAGUCCAGAAGUGAAGCGCAUCCACGGGACCCCUCCGCCGAUCUCUCCCAAGCCGACGCCGCCCCCCACCGCCCCGAAGCCCAAGGUCCACGCAGUGCUCCAGUCGGUCAGUGCCAGCUCCACGCCGGCCCCGUCGCCCGCCAAGCAGCUCGGGCCCACCGCCAUCAAGCCCUCGAGCACGCCUCCUUCGCUCUGCUCCAGCCCUGCAAAACCCUUGUCCCCCGGUGCCGGAAGCGGGGUCCCCUCCCAUACGGUGCCGGUCAAGCCUCCGCGGUCCUCCAUGGCUGGGCCCUCGGUGGAGAGCAGCGUGGCCAGCAGCACGGAGAGCGUGCACCAGAAGCUGGAGGAGACCAGUGCCUCCUUGGCAGCGGCUCUGCAAGCGGUGGAGGAGAAGAUCAAGCAGGAGGACGGUCAGGCGGCAGAUUCAGCUGCGGAGAACAAGAGCACGGUGAGCAUCCUGGACGACAUCGGCAGCAUGUUCGACGACUUGGCCGACCAGCUGGAUGCCAUGCUGGAGUGAGGGCCAUCUGCUGACCCCCGCCAACCUCAGGGCCUGCCAAGGGCACAAGGGCACAAUCAUCUCUGCGGAAGACCUCCUCAGACCCCGGACCCCUUCCCCUCCAUCCUUUGAGGUUUGCACAAUGAAGAUACGAUUACCUCAGGAUUGUGCCGAAACGGACUUUUGAGACGCUUCCCUCGCAUUUGGCAGAAGAGAAUGACGACUAACUAUCUAUCGAGGGGCUCUGUCUCGUCGUUUUCCGUUUUCCCCCUUCUUCCCGGCCGAAACACCUCUUGACUUCAGGGGAAACUAUGCCGUUUUUCUUCCUGGGAACCAAGUCAAAAGGCCGACGCAAUUCUUCCGAUCCCUGGGAGGCGAAAGCGAGUGCCGGACGUUCCUUCUCUUCCCUCCUUGGAUUUGGGAAGUUUCCGAAUCGCCUCCCCUUUCCCCACUCCGCAAGUAUUAACAGUCCAAAUAUGCUAUCCAAAUGUGUGGCACAAGAAGAAGAAGAAAUGAGUAUUAGUCUUUCUCUGGUUCUUCUCGUUUUCCGUUUGGGGUCGACCUUUCUUUCGUCUUGGUGAAUGGCUCUCUCUUCUCUCGCCUUUCUGUGUCGGUUUUGUCCCUCGACGGAUAUUGCUCCCCAUUAUCAAGAAACGCCGGAAGAUAUGGGAAAGCCCCAGCGGCUUCUGUCUCGCUGCAUGCUUCGUUCCUUUUGUCCCAAAAAAAGGUGUUCGUCUGCUCCUGGUGAUGAUGAUGAUCAUGAAGAUGUGACUGUGAGACGUUUUUUCGGUUACGUUCCAAGAUAUUUUAGAUAUAUUUAACGCUCCUUUACUCCCUUUUGCCUUGAAAAGCGCCAGUUUUGGGACAGUUUUUUUGCAUGACUGGAAAAGGGAUGCAAAUUAGAAUCCUCUUGGCCCAAAAUCCCUGUGUAAAUAUUCCCCGGUGGCUUCCGCCGCCGCCAUAGAAGAAGAAUAUUUAUUCCCGACUCCUUCCUUUCCUCUCCUUCCCUUAAAUAUAUAUAUGUGUAUAUCUAUAUCUCUCUAGGCAAAGGGCAGUUCUGAGCAUGAGGGACUUACGUUGCACUUUCCCUUUGCUUCGAGGCAGUGGCUUCCAAAGAGUUUGAACCAUCCCGGCCUUCCUUAUUAUUAUUCCCAAGAGGAGGAAUGGAUUUAGUGAGGGAUGGAACCCGGUUUUGUGAAAACCGUCAUGAUUGUGGGUCAGAUCUGUUUUAGCAAAGGUUUAGCGGAAGGGGAGCUCUUCUUCCUUUUCACGCUUUUGAUAUUCCAGAAGCAAACUUGUGUCAUGAAUGGCAGCCGUAUGUUGGGAGGAAAUUCAGAUCUGGGACUUUCCGCCGCAGUCUUUGGUUUGACAUGGCAUUUGUUGUUCUUGCAAGCCGUCAAUUAAAGAAACGGUAGGGGAUGAUGGGCCUUGGAGUGGCAGGUCUUUGUGGAAAGAGUUUUGGAUUAUACCAGGAAAAAAGGUGGUUAAAAUUCCUCCUGAUUAACAUCAGGCUUCAAUGUGUGCAAAUAGGAGUAUCCCCAAUCCACAAGAAACUGUCAUAGGGUUGGAUACGGCGUCUUGCAAGAUUGAGUGUUUCUUAUAAUCUUAUAAGAAACACUCAAUCUUGCAAGACGCCGUAUCCAACCCUAUGACAGUUUCUUGUGGAUUGGGGAUACUCCUAUUUGCACACAUUGAAGUGGAGCAGUUUUCAAAUGGAAGCGUGGCAUUGACUUCACAGAGGAGGCCUGCGGAAUGUAAUGGGUUGCCCUUUGUCCCACCGAAUCGUCCUUCCUUUUCCUUCUCUUUGGUCGCAAACGGGGAAUGUUCAAGCGCCGUAAGUCGUUUCGGAGGAAGCGUCUGAAUGUCAUAGGAAUCGUGGAUCCACUGGCCUGUGGUUCUUAUACAUCCCAUGUACGGGGUCUUCUGAGAUCUUCCUUGGCCGCCUUUCCCUGGGUCGGCACCGUUCUUAAAUGAGCACAAAUUUGGGGCGACCCAAUGAUAGGAUACCCGUCUUCUCAUUCUUAAGCAUCACCCUCCUUCUUUCCUUCCUGUAGCAUUUCUCAGCAAUGCAGAUCUCCUUUUCCAGAAAAACCUACAAGUUUACCUUGAUGGAAACAGACGUUUUCAUUAAAACGUCAUACAUAUCAGGCAGUGUUUCGGCACCGACUUACUUUCAUGCUCAAAUUCUGUUCUUGCUGGAGACGAGUUGCAUUGUCCUUCUGGACUCAAGCAUCCUUAAACUUAUUGCAAGGAUGUCGAGAUGAUUUCUUUGUUGGGAUUAUCAUCCCUCAAAAAGGAAGAUUUUGAGUCCUCAUAUCUAUUAUCUUCCUUCAACCUGUUGUGUUUGACCAGAACCUUGUGAGGAUGCUUCUCCAAACAGGAUGGAUUCCCAACUUUACAAAAACUGUGUUGGUCAUGAUAUCAGUGGGUCAUAUUUCCCCAUUUUUUGACAUCUUUGAAGAUAUAUCUUCAUCGUUGCGAUAGCAUCAUCCUACUGUUUAACUUCACUAUUUCGUAUCCAUCCCAUGUAACGGCGUUUACACUUAGCUCAUGUGUUGUUAAGGGACUUCAAGCAUUUCCAAUCAUACUAUAAAAAAUCCAUUUGCUCUUGGUCUUCCUCUUAUUGCUGGCAACGCAGCAAUUUGUGAAAACCGUGAUGAUUGUGGGUCAGAUCUGUUUUAGCAAAGGUUUGGCAGAAGGGAAGCUCUUCUUCCUUUUCACGCUCUCGAUAUUCCAGAAGCAAACUUGUGUCAUGAAUGGCAGCCGUAUGUUGGGAGGAGAUUCGGAUCUGAGACUUUCCGCCGUAGUCUUUAGUUUGACAUGGCAUUUGUUGUUCUUGCUAGCUGUCAAUUAAAGAAAUUGUAAGGGAUGAUGGGCCUUGGAGUGGCAGGUCUUUGUGGAAGGAGCUUUGGAUUAUACAAGGAAAAAAGGUGUUUAGAAAUUAACAUCAGGCUUCAAUGUGUCCAAAUAGGAGUAUCCCCAAUCCACAAGAAACUGUCAUAGGAUUGGAUACGGCGUCUUGCAAGAUUGAGUGUUUCUUAUAAGAUUAUAAGUGGAGCAGUUUUCAAAUGGAAGCGUGGCAUUGACUUCACAGAGGAGGCCUGCGGAAUGUAAUGGGUUGCCCUUUGUCCCACCUAAUCGUCCUUCCUUUUCCUUCUCUUUGGUCGCAAACGGGGAAUGUUCAAGCGCCGUAAGUCGUUUCGGAGGAAGCGUCUGAAUGUCAUAGGAAUUGUGGAUCCACUGGCCUGUGGUUCUUAUACAUCCCAUGUACGGGGUCUUCUGAGAUCUUCCGUGGCCGCCUUUCCCUGGGUCGGCACCGUUCUUCAAUGAGCACAAAUUUGGGGCGACCCAAUGAUAGGAUACCCGUCUUCUCAUUCUUAAGCAUCACCCUCCCUUUUUCCUUCCUGUGGCAUUUCUCAGCAAUGCAGAUCUCCUCUUCCAGAAAUUUUUUUUUCAGGUUUACCUUGAUGGAAACAGACAACAUUUUCAUUAAAACGUCAUGCAUAUCAGUGUUUCGGCACCGACUUGCUUCCAUGCUCAAAUUCUGUUCUUGCUGGAGACGAGUUGCAUUGUCCUGGAUUCGAAGCUCAUCAGGGUCAUCCUUAAACCUUUUGCAAGGAUGUCGAGAUGACUUCUUUGUUGGGAUUAUCAUCCCUUAAAAAGGAGGAUUUUGAGUCCUCUUAUCUAUUAUCUUCCUUCAACCUGAAUCUUGGGAGGGUGCUGCUUCUCCAAAUAGGAUGGAUUCCAAUAUCUAUAACAACUGCAUUGUGUCCCAAAGGACUUUUCAUUCAUUGUAUGGUCAUGGUAUUCGUGGGUCGUAUUUCCCGAUUUUUCAGCAUCUUUGAAGAUAUAUCUUCAUCGAUACGAUAGCAUCACCCAACUUUAACUUCAUUAUUUCGUAUCCAUCCCAUGUAAUAGCUCAUGUUUCGUUAAGGGACUUCAGGCAUUUCCAGUUAUACAAUAAAAAAAACCAUUUGCUCUUGGUCUUCCUCUCAUUGCUGGCAACGCCGCAAAAUCAUCUUCUGAAUGUCCCUAUUCCUUGUCUUGCGUCUUCCCAUCAAUCACACUGGUGGUAUCACCAGAAAGUGGCCAUUUUCAUAAGACACUGGUUGCUAAAUUCUUCAGACUUCUUCUUCUAGGAGUUACUUUCUCUCCAUGAUACAGUUCCUAGAUUUUCCUGAAUCAGUAAUAAUCCCAUUGUGUCAUGAAAAUGAUGAACAUCCCUUUCCUGCCUCUGAAAACAUCGUCAUAGCCUUUAAAUACAGGUUGAGUCUCUCUUCUCCAAAAUGCUCGGACCGGAAGUAUUUGCCUAUUAGAUCUUCGCUUGGAUUUUGGAAUUUCCGUUCUUGCCUAUAGGUUCUGUAAUUAAUUUUAUGUUCCAUAUACAUCAAGUGCAUACAGCAUCAUAAUCAGAUACAGUAGAGUCUCACUUAUCCAAGCUAAACGGGCAGGCAGAAACUUGGAUAAGAGAAUAUAUUGGAUAAUAAGGAGGGAUUAAGAAAAUGCCUAUUAAACAUCAAAUUAGGUUAUGAUUUUACAAAUUAAGUACCAAAACUUCAUGUUAUACAACAAAUCUGACAGAAAAAGUAGUUCAAUACGCAGUAAUGUUAUGUUGUAAUUACUGUAUUUACGAAUUUAGCACCAAAAUAUCACGAUAUAUUGAAAACAUUGACUACAAAAAUGGCUUGGAUUAUCCAGAAGCUUGGAUAAGCGAGGCUUGGAUAAGUGAGACUCUACUGUAUAUAUCAUUUACCCAGACAGCGGAAGAUGGUUUCAUGCACAAUAUUUUUUAUUAUUUUGUGCACAAAACCAAGCUUGUGGACAUUGGAAACAAUCAGAAAGCAAAGACAUUCCCAAUUUUGGUGUAUUUUGGAAGAAGGUUUCUAGGAUUAUGUGCAUUAAUAUUUUAUGCACAAUAUUUUAUAUUUCAUAUACAGUAGAGUCUCAUUUAUCCAACAUAAACGGGCCGGCAGAACGUUGAAUAAGUGAAUAUGUUGGAUAAUAAGGAGAAAUUAAGAAAAAGCCUAUUAAACAUCAAAAUAGAUUAUGAUUUUAUAAAUUAAGCACCAAAACAACAUGUUAUUCAACAAAUUUGACAGAAAAAGUAGUUCAUUACACAUUAAUGCUAUGUAGUAAUUACUGUAUUUACGAAUUUAGCACCAAAAUAUCACGAUAUAUUGAAAACAUUGACUACAAAAAUGGCUUGCAUUAUCCAGAACGUUGGAUAAGUGAGAUUCUACUGUUUAUGUGUGUGUGUGUGUGUGUGUGUAUGUGUAUGUAUAUAUAUAUAUAUAUCAUUUACCCAGACGGCAGAAGAUGGUUUUGUUCACAAUAUUAUAAUAAAGAAUAUUUUUAUAAUUUUGUGCACAAAACCAAGUUUGUGAACUUUGUAAACAAUCAGAAAGCAAAUACUUUACUUCCUUGGUUUUGGAGUGUUUUGGAAGAAGGGACGCUCAACCUUUCAAGCCUUUUCACUUCCUUCUCCUCUAUUCCUCUGCAUCUUCUUUCCACUAAAAAAGGACUCCGAACCCAUCCAACAAAAUAGGAAUUAAAGGAAACACUGAAAAGGAGGCCGGAGUUGGUUUGGGAAAGGAUCUGGGUGCUUUGGACUCCGACUCCCAGAAGCCCUUGCCAGCUUCUCCAAUAGCCAGGAAUGCUGGGAGCCGAAGUCCGAGGGCUGCAAAUUGAAACAGAAGCACUUCUUGGUUGUCCAAAGUCUUUCCAACCCUUUUCACUUCUGGAUCUUGUUCUAUGGACUUAAAAUAUUUAGUGAUUGGUUUGGAAAAAAGAAAGAGAUAAAAGUCUUGUUGGGUUUUUGUGUUGUCGUUUGUGCAAGGGCUGAAAGAGCCCCGUUUUACGAAUGUCCUUUUUCUGUGCAGAAAGCAAAACCGAAGCUCUUUUCGUUGGGAGGGCGGCUAAAGGGAGGGGCAAAAUACGAAUAAGCUAUAUAUAUAAAGGAGUAUUAAUUUAUUGACAGAAACUAUUUAAGAUGGGACUUCUUCUUCCCCCCUGUUGAUCCUUAAAUACGAAAACAAAGAGAGAGAGGAAAGGACUUUAAUAUAUAUGAAAGAAAAGAUUUUAAAAAAUAAUAUUAUUAUUAUUAAUUGUAUAUUCAGAGAUUUGAAAGAACUGGAGUUUAGCUUGACUUAUUAGACUUAUAAUAACAAUAAUCAGCUGUGUGUCUUUGUGGUUGAGAUCAUUUAAAAAGAGUAGCACAAUGUUUUCGAGACAAAAAAGGUACCGUUUUUUCCGUUUCUAUGGAGAUGCUUAGUUUUUGUUUUUGUUUUAUUGGGUUUUUUUCCACACACAAAAAAUAUAUCAAAGGAUGUGCCUUGUUUUAUGAAUCUUUCUGGGUUGAGUCUCAUCUCUUGACAAUUUACAUUUCUCUCCCCUACUUUUUUUAAAUGUAUGCGUGCGUCAUGUAUGUAUGUAUGUAAGUCUGCCUUUCAAUGCAUGUGUGUGAAAGUACCUCUUGUCUAUACGCAGCUGUAUAUUUAACAUACGGAAACAGGAGUCAGUCCAGUCGUGUUUUUAAUUUAAAAAAACAAAUCAAAAUGGCGUUUUCCGCAAUUUGCGGUUUAUUCCAGAUGCUAUAUAUAUAUAUAUAUAUAUAUAUAUAUAUAUAUAUAUAUAUAUGUCUGUCUGUCUUCGCUAUCUCUGAAACAAUGUUCUGGCACAACUUUCAAGAUUUCUUAAUAAAGAGAGAGACAACAUUAAAAGAAAAUACUUGUUGUAAAGAGAAAUGAGAAAAAAAACAUUAAUAAUAAUAAUGUAUCUUGAAAAAAACAGAAAUAUUCCAAGAUUCUAAUGCUGGAUAUAUACAUAUUAUAUAUAUAUUAUAUAUAUUUUUAUUGAUUAAGUUAUGGAAAGUGUAUUGUAUUUCCCAUCCUGUUGGAGCUAUGCAUCUUGCUGCCAAUCCUCCUUUUUUCUGGUUUUGUUCUUCCCACCUGUAUUAUUAUUAUUAUUAUUAUUUGAUGGCUUCUGUGGUACUGUAAAGAAUUUUGCUCUUAUUUAAAAAAAAACAGUGUCUGGCUAUAACUAUUUAAAGGGGGGAAGGAAGGGGAAACACACUGAUGGACUAUAAAGGAUUAUUAUUAUUAUUA